UCAGAGCCGUUUGGCGCGGUGUGUAGACAGGCGGCUGACGGCAGUAAGACAGGAACGGAGGAGGUCACAACCGGCGACUUUUUUUUACAUUUCCGCUUGGAUAAAAGUCCCGGGACACAUUGGUGGAUUUAUUAAAAGAUUGUUUCUUCGGUUUAACGUUUUCCUCCAGCCGUCUAUCGAAGCUUGCCCCUGUGCAGGCGGACGGAAACACCUUGAAAAAUGCCUCCCAUCGAAAAUGACACCGGGAAGAAUGAUCUGAAAUCCCAGAUUCAGCUGCUGAUCGACUCCAACCAAGUGAUGGUUUUCAGUAAGAGCUACUGCCCGUAUUGUGUGAAGGUGAAAGACUUGUUCAAAGAGCUGAAACUCGAGUUUAAUGCGAUGGAGUUGGAUCUUAUAGAGGAUGGAACCAACUACCAGGAUAUGCUGCUCGAGAUGACCGGACAGAAAAGUGUUCCCAACGUCUUCAUCAACAAGACGCACGUGGGCGGCUGCGACAACACAUUGCAGGCUCAUAAAGACGGCAGCCUGCAGCAGCUCCUGUGUGCAGAGACUGAAGCGUACGACUACGACCUGAUCGUCAUCGGGGGGGGGUCUGGAGGCCUGGCCUGCUCGAAGGAAGCUGCUGCCUUGGGGAAGAAGGCCAUGGUGCUGGACUAUGUGGUGCCCACUCCAAAGGGAACCACCUGGGGUCUGGGUGGAACCUGUGUGAACGUGGGCUGCAUCCCCAAGAAGCUGAUGCAUCAGACGGCCAUGUUGGGAACCGCCAUUCAGGACGCUCGAAAGUUCGGCUGGGAGAUCGACGAGAAAGGUGAGGCCUCAGAGCAGCAGAGACCCCGGAGGUCACGCAGGGGCGACAUCGGACCGGUCUGCCGCGUGAAACACAACUGGGACACGAUGAAGGACGCGGUGAGCAACUACAUCGGCUCCUUGAACUGGGGCUACAGAGUGGCUCUGAGGGACAAGAACGUCAACUACGUCAACGCCUACGCAGAGUUCAUCGAACCUCACAAAGUCAAGGCGACAAAUAAACGAGGGAAGGAGACGUUUUACACAGCGGAAAAGUUUAUCAUAGCAACAGGCGAGAGGCCGCGCUACCUCGGCAUCCCCGGAGACAAAGAGUUCUGCAUCACCAGUGACGACCUCUUCUCGUUGCCUCACUGCCCGGGGAAGACCCUGGUGAUCGGGGCGUCCUACGUGGCUCUGGAAUGCGGGGGUUUCCUGGCCGGUCUGGGUCUGGAUGUGACCGUGAUGGUGCGGUCCAUCCUGCUGAGGGGCUUCGACCAGGAGAUGGCCAACAGAGCGGGGGAGCACAUGGAGGAGCACGGAGUCAAGUUCCUCCGCAAAUAUGUCCCUAUAAAGGUGGAGGAGCUGGAGGCGGGAUCUCCCGGCAGGCUGAAGGUGACGGCCAAGUCCACAGAGAGCGAUGAGGUCAUCGAGGGAGAGUACAACACAGUGUUGAUCGCAGUGGGCCGAGACGCCUGCACCGACAAGAUCGGCCUGGACAAGACGGGGGUCAAAGUCAACCCCAAGACAGGAAAGGUCCCGGUGAGCGACGAGGAGCAGACCAACGUUCCUCACAUCUACGCCGUCGGAGACAUCCUGGAGGGGAAGUGGGAGCUGACGCCGGUCGCCAUCCAGGCCGGAAGACUGCUGGCCAGACGCCUCUACGGGGGGGGGAAGCUCAAGUGUGAUUACAUCAACGUCCCGACUACUGUCUUCACCCCGCUGGAGUACGGCUGCUGCGGGCUGUCUGAGGAUAGAGCCAUCGAGCUCUAUGGCCAGGAGAACCUCGAGGUGUUCCACAGUCUGUUCUGGCCUCUGGAGUUCACCGUGCCCAACAGAGACAACAACAAGUGCUACGCUAAGAUCAUCUGCAACAAGCUGGACAACGACCGUGUCAUUGGCUUCCACUACCUGGGUCCGAACGCCGGAGAGGUGACGCAGGGCUUCGGUACGGCCAUGAAGUGUGGAGCCACUAAAGAACAGCUGGACAACACCAUCGGCAUCCACCCAACCUGCGCCGAGAUCUUCACCACUCUGGAGGUGACGAAGAGCUCGGGUGGAGAAAUCACCGCGUCCGGCUGCUGAGGUUAAACCCUGCUCGUUUAGCGGGCUGCGCUCAUGUUAGACUCCCCAAAACACCCCACUCUCUCAUCUCCCUCCCCUCAGACGCUCCCUUCAAAGAGCCGCUGAGCAUCGGGACAAACCAGCGUCCAUCCCGGAGCGAGAGGAGUGUGAAAUGAGUCUGAAUUACAUGAGACUGCAGCCUGCUGAACAGCGGGGUUACUCUGCUGAUUUCUCCUGGGCUCCAACAGUCCUUCUCAGAGGAGCCCCAACACACACACACUCGAUAUGUGUGUGUUGGGGCUGUUUGUGACGUCCUGGCCCGUAACCUUGAAUCUUCAGGUGGGCUAGGAUCGAUGUCCCUCUGCAGAAGCGCCUGAUUUGGCGUCCAAACCUUCGUCCAAUCCCCCAAACUGCACACACACACACACACACUUUAUAAAUACGGAUUGAAACAGCACACAGGCGAGGUUUUAAAGGAUGCUCGGCUCCAGCUUGAAAGCCUUUUAUUUAACGCGUGUAGGUUGAGUGCGUCUUCAUCAUUCCACACUCAUCAUGUAUUUGAGGGUGAAGUGAGUCCAUGUCGCGGUCUAUAUUUAUCUGUUGUGUGUGGAGCAUCUGCCUUUAAAGAAAUCUCUUCCUCAGUGUUCAGAGAGAUCCUUUCAAACCUCGCUGCCACACAACCCGAGGUGUACUGAAUGUUGUGUUUGAAUAUUAAUAAGGAGGAAAAACAUUUUCACAAGUUUCUACUAAGUUAAUUUAAUGCUCGUUUGUGGCGUCUUGCCUCUGCUUUAUGCGUCUGUCCAGGAUAUGUUCCAUCUACAGUACUGCUGUCUCUGACUCCGGUCAGAUUUAUAAGUGACUUGUUCGUUGGCGUCAAAACCACUGUAGAUGACUUCUUUCAAGAUUUAAUAAAGGAUCAAUACAACUUC